AAUACACUUUUCGCCAUGACAGAAUCCCCCCUAUGAUGCCCAUCGAUUUGCUGUCAAAACUUGUUAUAUGCUAUGCAGGUAGUAUUGCUUCCAUUGAAGUUACCAUUGUCAUGCCACCUAUUCCGAUCGAAGCCGGACUCGUCACUUUAAGGCAGCUCUUAAGCUCAAACUGGAGAUAAGGCGCAUAUCUAUCGGGCCAUACGGUGCUGCAACCUCCACCUUCCCGGCCAUUCAACUACAGCACCUCCAUCUCGGAUCCGACUUUCCUUCACGUGUCUUACCUUCCAAUUCUACUUUACGUCUAACUCUACAUUGCCUUGUACUUUAAUAUCCACAACCGCCAUCGCCGGCUCGGAUCGGCCAUGCGUGGUCCAAAUUAUCCACUGUUGCAGCAUUCCUAGUUCAGACUGACUGCCGUCGUCCUCGCGCGGUAAAGCUCGGCCCUCUGAAUCAGUAGGUGCCGUCGACACAGGUGCAAUAUGGCAUCACCGGCCGCCGCAGUCGUGCCUGCGUCGACAGCCUUAUACAAUAACGCGAGCAUGUGGCACAACUUCAGUUCGUGGAUCGCCCAGCACCUCAAGUACUCAGUGAAUAUGACGCGAUAUACGCCCUCGCUAGAGGACCUUAUUCUGGCCGGCCCUAGGAUGCUGACCAAGCUGACCAAGCUGGGCUCCAUCAUCUCCUUCCACCCCGACGCAAUCGACAGCUUUGGCCAACGAGUCAUUCCCGACGCGACCGGCACCGGCUCUGACUUCUUUCAAGUCCUCACGGACGCCAUCGAAACUACUACGUCCGAAAUGGCUGCUGAUGCCUCUGUUACUGCUGCUACUGCCGCGGCAGUGCUCGACGAUCAAGACCCCGCUGCCAUGGUGUCCAAGUUCUCCGUCGAAGGGGCGAAGGGCUUGGGUAGCGUCUUCAGUUAUGCGACAAGCAAGUGGGCGCUGUGCUGCGUGGCUAUGGCCAUCAUCCUCAACCGAACCCAGAUCUUCGCCGCAAGCCGCCGAAGGCUCCGGCUACAGUGGCCCGUCCGACUACUCCUCCGCUUCCUCCCGAUCAUCCUAUUCCUCUACCAGGCGCGCGACCUCCUGCAUUCCAUACAAUGCCAGACGUCGCCGGACUUUGCCGAGAUGCGCUGGGGCAACGCUAGCAAAACUUCAGAUUUGAUGUUUGCCCAGGCCGGAGGAUAUCUACAUGGGAUGAGUUCGGCACUGCUGCUAGGCGCAGAUGACUUCGACUCCUGUCGUGCUGUCAAUAUGGUCCCGCCGAGUGACAUGGUUUAUCCGGCUGAAUUGCAAGGCUCGCUAUCUCUUCUAUGGCCCUUGUUCGGGACAUUCUGUUUGAGCCAAUUCCUCGAAACAGUGUCCUGCGCAGUACAAGGUCGCCCGGUGGCUGUCGAGACGGGCAUGACAUUGUUCGAACACUCGCUCGCGUUUGCAGAGGCCGAUGCGGCCAUCAGCAAUCAGUUGGGAUGGGGACUGUUCUCCGGUCAGGGUAGCUCCAAUGUCACGUUCCAGCAAGGCUCUGGGACUAGCGUUGCCAUAUCCAGAUCCAUGAUCAUGAAGCGAGUCAAUACGCCACCCGAAGUCCUUCUGGUUGCAUUUCUGUCGGCCAUGAGCCACGUCACUAGCCAUAUACUGGGCAUAUUCAAUCUUCAGAGCAAGUUCCGGCUGAUCAGCACCGGCUUCUGGGCAUUAUGUUUUAUGGGGAGCAUAGUGUUGAAGGCAUUCACUUUUUCCCUAGACGACCCCUCUAGCAUGGGGCUCUUCAGGUUCCCAACGGUUUGCAUUAUUGGGUUCAUCCCACACGUCAUGGUGUUCGCCGGCAUCUUUGUUUGCUUCGUAAUAUACGUUAUUGCGCUUGCACUCUCAGCCCUUGCGCCCCCGGAUGGGUUGGAACGUGGUCCACAACUGUCUUUCAGGCAACGUCUAGCCCAGGCGCAUGAGAACAUGCAGGCAAAUAUUUCCUUGUCUGACAUUCGGAUAUCCUGGGAGAUGGAUUUCUACACUGCACUGCUAAGGACAGGCUUCGGGGUUAUAACGAUGGCCAGUGAGGCGGUUUAUCUUAAUGAAGACCGGAAUGUGAACUUGAAGCGGCACACCUGGCUCGAGGAGGAGCGAUACCGGGAAAUUGAAUCACUCCGGAUGCAAUGGGCGGGCUCCGGUCUGGGAGGGUCGCGGUACGAUUCUGUGGGGACCAUUGGUCUCGUCCCGGUCAAGGAUAACCAACUAUCUGCGUCGAGUGGAUACGCACGAGAGCGAGCUGCGCAAAAGGUACCCAAGUCACGUAUAGGAGAUAAGGGGGCAAGAGAUGGCGUUGGUGCAGCCGAGCGGAGCUCACGGUGGCUGCUUGCACUGGAAUUCAUCAUGAAUAUUAAUCGCCUCAUUCUGCGGUGGGGAGCACUCAUCAUGCUUAAGGGUCUGGCCCGAAUUGGCGUUAGCAGUCAACCGCGCUUGUUGCUCUGGCUCUCGAGUCGACCCAAGAAGGACAAGAAGGGGGAGCGACAAUCUAGCGGCAGGAGUCGUUUAUACGUAAGCGGUCGGGACGGGCAGAGACUCUAUAACGAUGAGGAUGCCGACGUCGAGACUGACUUACGCCGUCGUCUCAAGGGAAAUAUAGAGACGGCCAACAUGCCGGAAGCGGAUUUGGACACGUUUCUCUACAAGACCUGGAAAUUCGGCGGCCUUUGGGGCUCUGUGGACAAUAGCGAGGACUGGUUGCCAGAUGAAAAUGAAAACGACUGGGACACGACAAGCAUGAUCUGCAGUGUUGCCGGUAGUGACGUUAGCAAUGACGACGACCAAGAUCCCCGGAUCGGUGAGGACGAUCUUGACGAUGGGCAAUGCACACCCACACAAAGUUCUCCCUUUGCCUCCAGGGAAAGCACCCCCUUCGAUUCGCCAAUAGCCAUGACCGACCUCGCCCGCCUCCUUCACCCGACUAGCCCCGAGGACCGGCAAGAAGCCCAUGCCCUCGCUGCCCAUCUGGCCAGCGACCGCAUCAUGACUCGAUCAGCAUACGCGCACCUGCAAGCUGUGCAGCGUGGCCGCCUCCUCACCUCAUCUCAGCGCCGACCGCCCAACCAGAAACUGUCCUCCGACGAAGAAGCCGAAUUACUGGAGCAGCUCAUUCUGUCCCGACGAGCCACGACGCAACAACGGUCGCAGAACCAGCUUUUGCCGAACAGCGACUCCAACACGGGGUCCUGGGCGGGCGGACUUGGCGAGAGUGGUCCUCAGUGUGUUGUCUGUCACAGCUCGCCACGAACCAUUAUCGUCUGGCCCUGUCGUUGUCUGAGUCUGUGCGACGAGUGCCGUGUCACGCUGGCAAUGAACAAUUUUGAUAAGUGUGUGUGUUGCCGCAGGGAGGUGAUUUCCUUUUCGAGGAUUUACGUGCCUUGAGACUCAACGCGGAAGAGCUAGGAAAUUACCAGCCAGGGGUCGUUGUGAGAAAGGAUUGGUUGGCCAACUUUGCAUGGAGUAGAUACAUACCGUGGAGAUGGAUGCAUGGCGUUGAUUUGGUUGCCUGUUCGAGGCUUGAUUUGAUACACUUCUCAAUGGGUUCAUACGAAGAGAACCCGCAUUUCAGGCGGACGGACAGACACAGGACGGCCUCGGCCUUGUGUUUGAUGGCCGAUGGAUGGUCGCUGGGAGUUUCGGGUUGGUCUUGACACAUACACCAACACGUACUUUUGAGUAUGGUACAUAUCAAACGACAGAGGAAUGGGGGACAUGGAAAA